AUGAUAUUUGAGAGCAAUACAGCAUUUGUCUUCCAUGACUCAUGUGGCUUUGAAGCAGGCAGAACAUCUGAGCUGGAUAAAGUCAAGGAGUUUCUGCGAAAACGUUCAACCAACAAAGAGCUCAAGGAUCAUGUGCAUGUGAUUUGGUACUGCAUCCCAAUCAAUGAUGAAGCUAGGCCAAUUACAAGGGCAGAGCUAAAUUUUUUCAAUGAGUGUGGGACUGGUAGAGUUCCUGUUAUUGUGCUGUUUACAAAAGCAGAUAUGCUUGAUGCUCAAACCAUCAAGCAGCUGGUCAAUACUGGAAUGGAUGUUGAAGAUGCUGCAAACAAAGCUCCAGAAGAGUCAGUUGCCAUGUUUGAAAAGAGGUUUGGUCAGCAACUCUACAAGAAAAAGUAUCCUCCCAAGGAUCAUGUGUAUUUUCGAGAUCAAUUGCAUUUAACAGAUAUGCAAAAUCCCACAAGUGACUGCAGUGAACUUCUGAGGAAGACAGCAGCCACCUUUUCAGAUGAUACACUCUUACAGCUGUUUCUUACAGUGCAGCAAAAUAAUGUGGCUCUGUCAAUUGAAUAUGCAAUUAAAAGAAUAACAGAGUUGACUUUCCAGGGGUGGGAUGUUGAUAAUUGA